UCGUGCGUGAGGCUCGUCAUCGCCGCCGCCGCCGCCGCCGCUACCGCCACCAUCAGCGACAUGCCGAGCACUAGCAGCCGCCACGAACUGUCCGAGCUUCUUGCGGGAUUGGCCUCCAACGAUUGGGAGGUGAAGCUCGGGGCUCUCCGACAUAUGAAAAACAAGAUCAUAGGGAAGAAAGACAAGAAGCUCGAUUUCGUCGAACUCGGCGCAGUUGCGGCGGUCGCCAAGACACUCUCAGACGCACUUAAUGUAAACGGAGAAGGCAAUCCUGAUAAUAUCAAGAACAACAUUAUCAUCCAGUCAGCCACGGUUCUGGGCAGCUUCGCUUGCGGUUUCGACGCCGGAGCCCAGGCCGUGAUCAACGCGGGCGCCUUUUUCAAUCUGGCGCGGCUUCUCUCGAUUCAAGAUGCGAAGGUCGUUGAUGCUGGUGCCCGUUCCCUUAGGAUGGUUUAUCAAUCAAAACUGGCUCCCAAGUAUAAUUUCCUUCAAGAUGAAAAUAUGAAGAGGCUUAUUUCCUUAUUGAGUAAUGAGAAUGAAAAUGUUAGUGGACUUGGUGCAAGCAUUAUUACUCAUUCUUGUAAAACAACUGCAGAGCAGGUGGCACUGUGUGAUGCUGGCAUUUUAGAGAAGCUUACUUCUCUCCUUGAAGGAUCUAUAAGUCAGAGGGAUGCUAGUUUAGAGUCUUUAGCAACAAUUCUCAAGAACAAUACUGAAGUUGUUUUGAAAUUUGUUGAAAAUGAAAAUGGGAGAUCCUUGGAUUCUGUUAUUGAAUUAGCAAAGAAUAAGUAUCCUCGAACAAGGUUGCUGGCUUGCAUAUGCUUGAUUGUUAUAAGGAAUACCUGUCCAUCUUUCUUGCAAGAUAUAGGGAUCAAGGCUAAAUUAGUGCGUACAUUACUUGAACUUCUUGAAGACCCUUGUGUUGGGGAUGAAGCUCCAUUUGCUUUUUCUAGUUUAAUUGCCCAAAAGGAAGAACUUCAGAGACUUGCUCUUGAGGCCAGUGCAAUUGAGAAACUUUAUUGUCAAUUACAGAAAGACCCAUUGCGUCCCAAAUAUAUUGAGGGAAUAUUGCUGGCACUUGCUGAUAUGUGCUCAAUGUUGGAGAGUUGCAGGGAUUCAUUCCUCAAAUUGGAGGUAUUGGAUUUGGUAACCAAAGCACUAAGUCAUGAUAGUGAUGAUGUGUGCAUUGCUGCUUGUAUUUGCAUAAGAAGCGUCAGCCGUUCAGUCAAGAAUUUGUGUGCAGGCCAUUUUAUGAAGGACACAAUUGUUACUCCUCUGGUUAAGCUUUUUAUCAAGUCUUCUACUGCUGUCCAGGUAGCAGCUCUUGGUGCUAUUAGCAACAUAGUAGUUGAUUUUACCACGCGUAAGUCUGCUUUUAUACAAUGUGGAGGGCUGAAAGAGCUGGUUCAGUUAUCAGAGUCGAUGGAUGGAUCUGUCAGGUCAAAUGCUUUAUGGGCUUUAAGGAACUUAAUAUUCCUAGCAGACAAUAAGUUGAAAGAAGAUGUUUUCAUCGAGCUUAAAGCACCUUUAUUAGCUAGCCUUAUCUCUGAUCCAGAGCCUUUUGUUCAAGAACAAGCUAUGGCCUUUGUUCGUAAUCUUGUUGAUGGAUGUAUAGACUCUAUUGAGUAUGCCUUCACUGAUGACAGUCUCAUAUUGAAGGCUAUUGGAAAACAGUUACAGAGCACUGCAAAAGUUGAAAUUAGGAUACAGGGAAUGUAUGUUCUCAGCAAUGUGGCCGCUGGAAAAGAUUCUCACAAGGAAGCAGUAAUGAAUCAACUACUUCCUCAAGCAGUUUCUAUCAGGGAUCAAUAUUUUGUGAUUAGGUUUUUGCAGAGUAGUGAUAGCCAGUUGCGCACAGCCACUGUCUGGGCCUUGUUGAAUGUUACACAUCCAAGGUCAGAUCCUGGGGCAUUUGGUCGCUAUAUAAAACUGCAAGAAGUUGGCAUCAUAACUCAAAUAAAGAAUAUGAUCAAUGAUCCCUGCCUGGAAGUAAAGCUUCGAGUAAGGACAAUACUUGAAAAGUAUGCAAGUUUUGGAGGCAGCUUAUUGUAAUCAUUUUUAGUCAUUCCUAACACAAAGCAUGGAGAUCUCGAGGAUCAUUUUUCGCUGGUCUUACCAUUUCUGUAUGAUAUGUUUAUACAUUCUGCAGAGGCUUGCAACAAAAAAGGUUCAAUACACUGGUUUCAUUUUUUGCGAGUCAGAGCAGUGUGCGAACUUCAUUUUGUUGUUUACCAGAUUGCCUGCAAAAAUUUCAUUCCAAUGGUACAUACCUUGAUUCUUUGUAUCAAAUAUCAAAUGAUCUAUUGUAGUAAUACGUAUUGCAAUAGUAUUCCUUCUAAUCUGUAGAUACAGCCUCUCAAAUAGUGCACCGACUGCAGUUAAUGAAAAAUUUUGUCACUU